CUGGAUUAGGUAUCUUUCAUUGUCUCGGAAGUGUCGAGAAUAUGUGGCGUUCAGGACUGCACCGUGUUCGGGAACAAUUGUGUGGAAAAGUACGUAAUUGUGUUUACAUUAGAAGGAGGACGAUACCUACGCGUCGUAAAUACGAUUCACAAUUAGACGUCUUUUGUUGUCGCGGAAAUGUCGGAAGUGUGCUGUGCUCUGGACUGUACGACGCCCGGGAGUAGACGUGUAACAACGACUAACGAGAUCGCACGAAGGAGCUCUUGACAUUCAGGCCCGAAUAAUGCACAGAAAAAUAUAAGUAUUAAAUCUUGGGGUAACGUCGUAUAUUGCCGUGACGACUUACGCCAUCUUACUGGAGAAAGUUGCAUUAAGCAACACAUAAGUCAAUCCCCUGACAAAGAAAAAUAUAGAGCGUCAAAAGCUCUAAGAUUGAUUUAUGGGCCAUUUAACGCAAUAUUUUUACAUAAGGUGGCGUAAAGCGCUCCGGUAAUCGGUUCGCGUGAUGACACAUUGGCUAUAUUCGCUUUGGGCGCUUAUGCGCUGUAAGCGUCAUUCUAUCUUCUUCUCGCAUGUAAUAAGCGAUAAAGAUUGAAUGACGCUUACAGCGCGUAAGCGCCCAAAGUGAAAACGCAGCCAUUAGGUUCAACUUCAUUUUCGUCACGGUCAGUAGAGACGGACGGAAGCGAAUUUUGACGGCAGAAUUGCGUUGCGCGAAUAAUGUUACACAGCCGCGAUAAAAUCGUCGAACGCGACAAAGUGCGCUACGGAGUGAAAGUGUCGUGUGUUGUGUCGAAGAUCGAAACGUGCCGACGCAGUCGAGUGGAUAUUCCGAUGAAUGUCACAGUGUCGUUAAGCGAUCGUUUCGGACUGAAGAGUCUCGAAUAAUAAACGCGUACGCGCACGAAUUCCUCGCUUUUGUGAAACGCCACCUCGAAAUGAAUAUCGUGUCGCGGAGCGCCGAAAUACGUCGAGUGGUCUGUGAACAUCCGUUAUAAAUUUUCCAGUCUUGUUGGACAUUGCUCGGAAAUGAAAACGACGGCGGGAUCAAACAUGACGAACGUCAAAUGCGAUCGACGAGAGGGACGCGGAUGCAAUGGUAUUCCUGGUUGCAGUGUGACGGCAACGGGCGUCGCCUGAGAGUCGCACGAGACGCGAGCUACGUUAGGAUGGUGCGAGGGUGAAAUUCGAGGGUGAAGAGACGUUCGCCAGUAUGCUGCGGAUAUUGAUAGUGGUGACUUGUAUCGAGGCAUCGACGCUCGCCAGUGCACAGUCGAAAGGGACCACUUCCUUCGACGAGGAUGCAAACAGCGACGAACCUGACCACCCGAUACCUAUGGAGGCGAUACAGGGGGUGGCGGGACAGAAGGCGAUUCUGCCGUGUAACAUACAGCCUCGAGAGUCGAAUGACGCUGUCUCCAUGGUGCUCUGGUUCAAAGAGGACAGCGGCGAACCUCUGUACAGUUACGACGCGAGGAGUCGGCAGUUCGGCAAGGCAAAAUUGUGGAGCGCUCCGAAUUUUUGGGGCCACCGGGCGACCUUUCGGCCUAACCCGCCUGCGCAGUUGACAGUUUCGGAUCUUCGAGAGAGUGACGAGGGGGUUUACAGGUGCAGGGUCGACUUUCGGAACUCGCCGACGAGAAACUUCAAAGUUAACCUCACCGUUAUCGUGCCACCGGCGAAGCCGAUAAUCUAUGACGCGAAGAAACGGGACAUGAGCAAACUUCUUGAAGCUUAUCCGGAAGGGGCCGACUUGUUCCUGGUGUGCGAGGUGCACGGCGGCAAACCUCGACCGCAAGUCUCGUGGUAUCUCGAGUCGCAGAAUAUUCACGCAUCUACGGAGAUUCGAGAGACUCAAGGAUCGGACGGCGAGACCAACGUCGUAACCAUCAGUAACGUGACUGUGAAGGCACUCACGAGAAGGCACCAUCACGCCAAGCUGUCCUGCCGAGCGAAUAACACUCAAUUAGCGCUGCCACCUAGCACUUCUGUCAUCAUAGAGCUUAACAUGAAGCCACUUAAGGUGGAAAUCCUGGGCAAGGAUCAAAUCCUGUCGGCGGGGAAGACGUACGAUGUGAAAUGUCAAAGCACCGGCUCGAAGCCACCCGCCGUUUUAACCUGGUGGAAAUCUUCGAAGCAGCUGAAAGGACUAAAGAAAAACGACGGCGUGAGUCUGCUGCAAUUUACGCCGGCGAUGGAGGACGAGGGGAAGUUCCUGGUGUGCCGUGCCGAGAAUCCGAAGCUGCCCGAGGCCGGCAUCGAGGACCGAUGGAAGCUGAGGGUGCACUUUGCGCCUAUCGCCAGCUUGAAGAUGGGCUCCACCUUGAAUCCGAAGGACAUCAAGGAGGGUUCCGACGUUUACUUCGAGUGCAACGUCAGGGCGAAUCCCAGGUCGUACAAGCUGACCUGGUUCCACGAGGAGGAGGAGCUGCAUCACAACGUCACCGCGGGUGUAGUGCUGUCGGACCACUCGUUAGUGCUGCAGAGCAUAACUCGAGAGUCCGCCGGAGGGUACACCUGCAUGGCCGCGAACGUCGAGGGCCGCGCCAAGUCCAACGUAGUCAAUCUCGAGGUUAUGUUCGCGCCCGUUUGCAAGCACGUGCUCAACUCUGGCGGCUGGCGACACCAAAAUGCCACCCCGCCCCCGUACAACGUGCCUGAAGAGGUGCACGGCGCCCUCAAGCACGAGACCAUAAGUCUGGUCUGCGAGGUCGAGGCCAGCCCUACCACAGUGACCUUCCAUUGGACCUUCAACAGCAGCGGCGACCUCAACGACGUUCCGUCCACCAAAUACACCAGCCAAGGCACUAUCAGCAGGCUUAACUACACCCCGUCCACUGAUAUGGAUUACGGGGUCCUAGGCUGCUGGGCCAGCAACUCGGUCGGCCAUUCCAAGCAACCCUGCCUAUACCAGGUCAUCUCCGCAGGCAGACCUCACCCGUUGCAUAACUGCACCACCUACAACCAGAACGGCUCCUGGGUGAGGAUAUCUUGCGUCGAGGGAUACGAUGGCGGUCUGCCGCAGAAAUUCGUCGCCAUCGUGGGUAAACGGCGUCUGGAGUCCCCGAGCCCUUAUUGGGAGUUCGAGCUGUCCAAGCCGACGAAAAUCUCCCUUUACGGGGUAAACGCGAAGGGCUCCAGCGAGCCGGUCACCAUAGUAGUCGCCUUGAAAGGGGUAGCCAAGUUCACCGGCGAAUCGACGUCCUCGGUCGACAUGUCACCGAUUCUAAUCGGACUUGGAGGCACGGCGACUGGUCUGGGGUUAAUCGUGACUGGGGUGCUAAUGGCACUCUGGAGGAGGCACGCGGCCACUCCCACGAAGCCAAAACCACCUCAACAACCGAGCAUCGCGACUUUCGCCGGUAAAGGCGAAGAAGAAGACGGCAACCCGGAUCUCAUCCCCACAACAGCCUUGACCAAUCAUCUUACUGACAGAAAGCUUCCUCGUUACGGGUCCCUGCCGCGAAGACCACGUCAGCUGGAAGGACGCGAGAUGUCUCACGACGUCCUAGAGGAUUCAGAUUAUCCGAGAGCAUCGCCAAACACAUUCUACAGCCUCCAAAGGCCGCACGUAGAGUCGAUCGGCAGGAGCAUUCAAGAGAGCUGUAUUUAAGGGUCAAACACCGGCUGGGACACCAAGGAGAGAAGUGGGCGGCGGUCUAGACGGAUAGACGCGAGAGGAUCCAGACGGCCUGCAUUGCCUACUUCUGGGUCGUCGACCAUCGUUCAACAGGGUAUACGAGGCCCCUGGACCAUGGCUGAUGGUGAUUCGCGAGGAAACGAGAAUUCAUACACACACACACACGCUCGCGCCGCGUUUUCGCGGGCUCGAGCGUACGGAGAGAAAUACAUUUAUAGCCACUUGAUUCACUACGCCUUUGUAAAUAUUGUAUAUAAAUAAAACACAUCAAUUUUUUUCGUGUUA